AUGGACGUGAAUACUUUCCUAAUUUUCUUUUGGUAUUAUCGGUGUCGGCAGCGAAAUAGAAGAUUCUGGGUUCAUCCUAUUCUGACACAACGCUUGAAUUUGGGUAUUUUUCGGAAUCUUAUGAGCGAUUUGAGAAGAGAUGAGUCACGCGCGGCUGGUGCGGGUCGGGGGCUGCCACCACUCCACUAUCCCGCAAAAAAUAGUGUCCAGCAAAAACCGCACGCAGGAAGCCAUGUGAACACUGCUAUUGAAAUGUAUGUGUGA